AUGCUGUCCGCUCCUGCGAAAUCCGCCCGGCGCAUUUCGUCGCUCUUCAAUAUGAAGACAAACAGAGAUUCGACAUCGUCCUCGACCUCCUCAGGUUCUCCAAAGCAGGUGCCCAGUAACACGCAUCUGUCCGUCGACCACAGGCGCGCUCGAAGUCAUUCCCGGCCGGCUGUGCGACAUGCGUCCUCGCCUCAGCCUCGUUCCACAGAGACACGUCCUACAACAAGCCACGGCUUUGAUCCGGAUCACCUGGACCUAGAUUCUCCCCUUCCACCGCCUCCGUCGUUGCUUGCUAUCAACCAGGAUUUGGGUGACGACCAGGGACAACAAUCACACAGUCGACAAGGUAGUAGAAGUACGAGUGCAACACGAGGGCCUGGGGCACGCUCGCGAACACCGGACGCCCACAGCCAUCAACGAAGAAGGAGCUGGAUGCCGGGUAAAUUCAACUCGGUCGUGAUUGAUGCCCCCGCUGCGGGCGACAAGCAUGACCUUCAUGCAUUCGAUGCGUGGGUCGCGGGGUUGGAUCAGAAGAUCCCAUACGAUCUUGCGCGACUCAUGCAAGGAGAGCAGAUACCUGAGUUGUGGAAUGAACAAGGCGAUACUUUUGUAUACCUCUUCCCGCAAGGCACCCAGCGAUCACCGUCAUUCAAGAUUGACUCGACUCUAUUUACAGACUCUCCCUCUUUGAAUUUCCUGGCCCGUGGUACCGAUCCGAAGGUUGAAUCGUUACAGCAAUCAGCCAGAACUCUAACCAUCACUGAUCCAGACGGUAGUACUGCUCAGGAAGACCAAUGGGUAAAUGAUGGCGCCAGCAGCGGCAGCAAUCGGAUGGCACUGGUAGAGGAGCCUGCGGAGGAGGUCCAAGAGCUCCAUCUCUAUUUACCUGUUCCUCUUCAUGGUGAUGUCUCAAGUGCGGAUAUCCCACUGUCGGUAGAGGAUAGUGAUACCUUGAUACUCUUUCGCAAUCUGUUUGCCUUUCUGCUAGGUCAGGCUCUGAUUGCUACACCGCGAUACCCGAGUUUAUUCGCCGUAUUGAUAGAAGUAUCCAAUCUGUUACGCCGGUUUGAGUUUUCAAACUUUGACGGAUCGAAUUUUGGAGAAAUCGCGACAUCGAGUUUCGCCAACUACUGUGACGAGCUGCAUCUAGCCGACGUUCGAAAGAGUCGCGAGAAGACCAUCGAGGCGAUCAUCCUCGGCGAAAGCUUGCGCUAUUACCCGUUAUACGUGGAAGGAUUUGUCCAUGGCGUAGGUAAAAUGGAAGAACUUCGAAGUCUGCAAAGUCCAAAGUUCAACUUAAUCAACCCGGUGACGCAAAAAAGAUUGGAACGUGGAGCGCUCGACUUGGAGAAUCGCCUUAAGGUGCUUCGUGUGAAAUUGGAUGACUUCGACUUCCCAGCCUUGUUUUCUGGUAUCGCCAAUUCCAAUUCAGCUGCAGAAAGCAAAGUUAUCCGCUUCAAGCAGUGGAAACUAGCUCAUUUUGCGAUGCGAAAGCACGUUUUGAGCUACUACCGACAAAAGUACGGGUCGUGGCCACCGAAGGCCAACUCUAAAAAGAAUGAGUUUGAGGAGAGCGGACUGAAUCGGUUACUAUUGAAGGAGGUCUACGAAGAUUUUACCGAUUUAUAUGAUAUGCUAGUAGAUCGCACGUCUCUAACGACACGUACUACAGAUAUGGCAACCGAGGAUUUGGAUGUACCGGACCCGGUAGAGGCAGUGACGCGAGCUAUGCGACGAAUGCUGAGCGAGUAUGAUCGAAGCACCCCGCCUGUACAACCUCCUAUUCCGUUUGAUAUUCCUCAACUUCCCAGUCUACAGGCUAUCCGACGGAAACCAGUGGACCCUAAGAAUACAAAGGAGCGGCAAAAGAAGCUUCAUGAUUCGGAAAUCAAUGAAGUCUUGAUGCGGUCGUAUACUAGAGAGGCUCUUAAACCCACCCCAUUUGUGGAAAGCUUUAUGCAAUUCGAACGACGAAGUGCACACGGCAAGAGCCUGGAUGACCUCAUGGAUAAUCGAAUUGGCCAAUGGCUCUUUAUAUAUGCAGUGCUCCAAUCUCUCCCAUUAUUAGUCAUUGAUGUGCUGGACUUGCGAUUCACGGAAGGAGUCGAAUAUUUCCUCUGUGUUGCUCCCCGCGGAGGAGCACCCUGGGUUCAGAACGACGGCAAGAGUGGACGCAGCUGGUUUGGCGUCGCCGGUGGCCAGGGAGUAGUCAGUCUCCCGUCAGAUGUGGUCAACAAUGCCACUGAUGCGGUCUACCGCCGCAGUCACUGCUGGCAAGUUGCCAGUCAAUGGGCAGAAAGGAACCUUAACUCGCCCAUCACAACUGAAGAUGCCUCUUCACUAUUUUCCGCGCCCCCAGCACCUCAAUCUUCGAUUGGAUCACUUUCCGACAUGCAAUCCAUGCUCAGUCCAAGUGGUAACAUGUCACCGCACACGGUCCCUCGAACGAACUCACCCGGUUUCGUGUCUCAUAGCCACCGUAGCUCGAUAUACAAUACAUUAGAAGCAUUACCGUUACCCGCGGGUGUAAUGCCAGUGGAACAACCUGCCAAACCAUUCACACGAAUGAAUCCUACUAUGAGUUUCGACGAUAUCCUCAAGGACAUCCCCGGCUCGAAGAGCGGCAAGAAGAAGUAA